UUGAAACAUGGACGGAAUUUCAAAUACUUCCACACUUGCCUUCAAGGAUGUGACUGUGGCUAUUAAAUCAAAAAUAUUACUGAAGAACGUGUCUGGAUUUGCAUCGAGUGGUGAUCUGCUUGCCAUUAUGGGACCCACAGGUGUUGGAAAAACAACUCUUCUCAAUGUACUGGCAGGAAGAAUACCAUGUCACUCUGGAGCAAUAACUCUGAAUGAAUCUCCCUUUAAUAAAGCACUGCGACGUCGCCUUGGCUACGUAUUGCAGAAUGAUAUUUUUCUGUCCAACCUGACACUAUGGGAAACUCUAUACUUUACAGCGAUGAUACGGCUACCAGAUGAAAUCCCCAAACAGGAAAAGAUUAAGGAAAUCAACAAAAUAGUGGAUUCCUUCGAUCUACAGAAGUGCUUAAAUACAGCUAUUGGAGAUAUUGCCCAUCCUGGUUUAUCUGGGGGUGAGAAGAAGCGAGCGAGCAUUGCCUGUGAAUUACUUGCAGCCCCCGACAUUCUUCUCAUAGACGAGCCAACUUCCGGCUUAGAUUCCAGUACAGCACAUAGUUUGAUGGUACAGCUUAGAAAAUACGCGUCAGAGCAUAACAGGACAAUAGUAGCCACUAUUCACCAGCCCUCCAGUCAAGUAUUUAACUUGUUCUCCACCUUGAUGUUGCUCAAUGAAGGGAAGAUGGCGUAUUUUGGACCAGCCAAUAGGGCAAUAGAGCAUUACGCAGGUCUUGGGAUCACAUGUGGUCAACAUCAAAAUCCAGCCGACUUCCUCUUGAAAGCGUUGUCCGCGGAUGUGAUCAAACACAAAAAUGAGGGCGACGUAAGGGGAAUUCAAAGUCAGCAACAGCAGGAGGAGGAGCCUAAACAGAGUGGUACAUGCGGCAAACACAAUGGUACACUAACCGACACAGAUCGAGGGAUAGGAACGACCAAUGUUGAACUGAUGCAAGUCGCGGUCAAGCUACCCAAAUGUCAUACAAAUGAUGUCAAUAAUGAAAGAGAGGAAACUCGACGAUGGCCCACAUCAUUAUGGACCCAGUUUAACAUGCUCAGCUGGCGAUCCUACAAGCAGUCGAAGGGAAGGAUACUGGACAAGUUUGAGAUUCUGCUAGCUGCCAUGACAGCUACUUAUGUCAGCGUUUCGUUCUUUCAGACAGAAAAUUCAGCUAGCACCGUCCGCGAUAAAAUGGGCUUGGUGAUGAUUUCCCUCAUUUACUGGGCCUUCAGAAUGUUUGUAAUGGCUAUCUUGGGAUUUUACGAUGAGCAGGCUGUUAUUCGUAAGGAUCGAGCUGCCGGAGCCUACCGAUUGUUGGCAUAUUACCUCGCCAAGAUAACCAUCGAGAUUCCCCUAAUCAUCUUCGUUCCCUUCCUGUUUAACACUGCCGUGUACUGGCUGAGCGGACUGGGAGGGGUGGACGGUUACCUGGUGUUCGUUGGUAUCGGUACGCUGAAUUGCUUAUUGACACAGAGAGUGGCACACGUCCUUGGCGCGGCGAUAAAGGACCCUAAACUUGGCAUUAUGACUGGAAACGUAAUCUCAAUCGGGGGACUGGUUCUAGGGGGUUUCCUCAAGGUCCAUCCACAUGAUUGGCUGUUCUGGAUGAAGUACGUCACAUUAUUCCACUACCCCUACGCCGCUACUUUGACAUAUAUACUGAAGGACACACCUGACGUUUGGUGUAACCAAACAAAUGCCUUUAUCUACUCGAAGUGUCUUGGCAACACGACAGAAGUCCUGACGUCACGUGACCUUCUGAUAGAGAUCGGCGUGGAACUACCUAUCUAUUGCUACAUCAUGACCAUCGUGUUCGCCAUCUUGAUAUGUUAUGUGAUUGGUUAUUACGCAUUGAAAUGGAAACGAGUAUGAUGACGAUUCAGCAAAACUUUUCACCUAGUCGUUGCCAUGACUUGUUUGAUUUUAAGCAAAAUCGCCAUUUCCUUUUCCUUCAAACUGUUUAAUAUCUAAACUGUUUUCGAAUAAAAAUUCAUUUUCUAGUUAAAGCAAUCAAGUCCUUGACCACGAGAUCAGAUGUAGACUGGGCCCCUGUCUCUAGAAUAUUAAAAUUAUAGAUAAAAUUAAGCUUUAUGAUUUUGAUCCCUAGUAUAUGUCUGAUCCUAAGUUUCAAACUAGGGACAGAUAAUCUAGUAUUAGAAUUUAGCUUGGUAAUUCUUAAUAAAAAAACUUAGGGUCUGGUGGCCAGUCUAGAUCAGAUGUAGAAAACUCACACUCGUCGGCGAUGUUUUAGUUCUGAUCAUUUAUGCAAGGAUGCUAUAAGACGGAUGGACAGACAAUGUCAUACCAUAACACGUCCGGCAAAGACAGACAUGAAUAAAGAUGCAAUUGAAUAAAGAUCCUGGAUAUACUGCACGUUGACAAAUUAAAUGUAAAAGAAAGAUUUACUCUCAGACUUUUUACGAUAACAAGGUCCAUUUAGGUGAUCAGUUGUUUUCUAUUUCAUUACAAGCCACCUAAUCAAUCAAUAUUGGGAUCGGGUCAGAUUCAUAUCAUCAAAUACGCCUAAGGAAUAUUUGCAAAUUUGUUCGUCAGCAGCAAACACCUACCUUUCAUACUGUAGGUGGAAUAACAUGGAUAAUUCUAUCAAGAAAGGCGAUUUUCACGGUAAGAAAACCGGACUCCGAAAGUAAGGCAUAUAGCCCACUUACAAAUCGCCCCUAUUUAUUGUUUUAAGUUGUUUUGGAAUAGUAGUAGACAAUCAUUUAUGGGAAAAUGUUAAUUCCGUUCUUCAUGAUAAAUAUGAAUAUCACAAAUACGUACCGGGUAUCGUAUAUAUGAUAUCAUAAAACAUCUAUUUUUAAAACUAUCUGAUAGAUGCGAGGUUGGCUUUUAAGUCUGCUAUCAUAUAUUUCAUGUUCAGAUGGAUUUUUAACGUAUUCAAUAAUUUUCUUGUUUCAUAAAGUCUGAACACGACACUGAGGAUAGGACAAGGUUUUGUGAUGUGUUCCAUUGCGGUUAUAAUCUAUCUAAUUUGACACCAAAAUAAAGUCCAUCAAAAGAA